AUGAGAAACUUAAUCGAAAUUAUAUCACCACAUGAAACACUUGAAAUGGAAGACUUUACAUUAUGGGCUUGUAAUAUGUUGAGUGUACACCCAAAAUUUAUACCAACAAAAUAUGCUUGGUAUAUAGACAAAUACCUCCUUUCUUUUUGUAAUAUUAAAACCGUUUUUGUCUCACCAAAAGUGGAAACUUUACCAACCAAAUGUUUUUGUGAUGCAACAAAAAUUAUUAGCAUCACUAUACCAUCAAAUGUCGGUUUUGUGGAAAAUCAUUGUUUUUGUGGGUGUACAAACUUGGAAGAAAUCAACUUUGGAAAAAACACGUGUUUUGAUAAAUGGGUCACUUUUGCAAAUUUGUUUUCUCUUACUAAAAUUAGUUUACCAACAACUCUCACCAAAAUUAAAAAAUUUAUGUUUAAGAACUGUUGGAGAUUGAAAAAUAUCGAUAUUCAAAAGAAUAUUGUCAAAAUUGGAGAUUUUGCUUUUCAAAAUUGUAAGUUUUUGACACAAGUAAAAAUUCCAGAAAACGUGAGUUAUAUUGGUAUUGGAUGUUUCAAAGGAUGCAUAAGUUUGCAUAUUUUUUAA